GUCCCGAGGCGGGCUCGCAUGGCGGCGGACGGGGAACCGCGGACCUGCUGCCCGGAGGGCGGCGCCAAGAUGGCGGCCGCGGCGCCGCCGCUGACCUGGGAUAUUCCACCAAAAAAUGGCCAAGAAGUAUUUUUCUCCCAUGAACUUUAUGAAAAACAUUCCUUGUCUCUGAGCCUCUCUGAACUCUGGCAUUUAUCAAACAGAGAGGCAAAGAAAAAUGCAGAGGCAUUGGCAAACUCUUCAGAGACCAAACAGGCUGGUAGCCUGCAGGCUGCAGAGUCACUUGAGGUGGAGGCUACAAGCCCAGCUGAUGACCAUCCUCUCCCAGAACCCAGACUGCCCUACCCAUUUACCUCUUGUUUGACUGAGAAGGAGCAGAAGACAUACUUGUAUCUGAUGACUAAGUUCUCAAAAAAACCAAACCAUUUCCAAGUUAAUGAAGCAAGUCAAAGGGAAUUUUUCACAUAUAUGCAAAUGAAAGAAGUAGUAAACAAGGAAAUUGCAGAAUUUAUGAAAUUUGCCCAAAACGCCGCAAAGAGCUGUGCCCAGGAUUAUGAUGCCAUCUCUGAAGAUGCCCUGCGUUAUACUGAGGAAUUGCUACGGGCGUGUGUUGGACAUGUGCAGAAGUAUCCUGAGUUUUACACCCUGCAGGAGAUCAUGAGUAUCAUGGGAGGAAAGUUUCAUACACAGCUGACCUUUAAGUUGGAAAAAAAUCUUCUUGCCAUGGGUACAGCAAGACGUUGUAAAACUGAUUUCCCUUCUAUGCCUGUUCAGCUGCCCACUGAUUAUAGCACUGUCACAUCUAUUAUAACCCCAGAAAAAAGGGCUCAUGUGAUGCAUAAUGAUAUUAGUUCAGAUUCAAAUGCAGAAAAACUUGCUUUGAAAUACUGUCCUCAAGUUGUUUUAAGUGAUCAAUCAUUAUUUACUUUACUGAAUAAUCAUGGACUGAACUACAAGGAACAGUGGGAAAUUCCAGUUUGUGUUAAAAUGAUCACUGUUGCAGGUAGCAAAGCAGCUAAAGUGGUUUAUGUUGAUCCACCUCUGCUGAGAAAAGAAAUGACAGUACGAGAGAGGAAUCAAAUCUUCCAUGAAAUUCCAAUGGAUUUCCUAGCAACUAAAACAUCUUAUGUUCCAAUCUCUAAUGUAUCAAUGGACAAACCAGCUGAGGACAACCUGUUUCAGUGGGAUGUGUGUUCUGACACCUACCAGUGCAGGACAGUUCCUCCUCCAGAUGACACUGGGAUGGACUUUGAUGAUGAUGUUACAGAACUUGAAACUUUUGGAGCAACAACCAAGCCCUCAAGAACUUGUAAAAUGGAAACUACUGUUUCUGCAUCUAGUAACACUGCUAACAUUUUAUCUCAUGGCCUAAAAAUGGAGGGGAAGAAUUCAUCUGCCAUAAACAGAGGAGAUGAAGAAGAGAAAACCACCCUUUCUGAGCAAGAAGGUUCAGCGUGUGCCGGCGUGCAGCUUCCAUCAUUAGAUGGCAUCCCAUGCUGCAGCCCUCCAGAACAUUCUCCCUGUAAAAGCUUUCAGUCAGUGGAGGCAGGACUGAGCAAAGCACAGGAUGUCAUGACCACGGAAGUGUUGGACAGUGAAACAAAAUUAAAUCCUCUGCCUGUUGCAGUGAGCUCUGAGAAGGAGCCUGAUGCUGCACAGAAAACAGAGACUUCCAGUUCUUUGUGUGCCAGUGACACGGAUGAAGAGCGUUUGGUCAUUGAUUCAGACUGUGAAACCACUGCUUCCUGCAAACCAGCUGUACCAACCACUGCUUCCUCUACCUCAGCAGAGACUCCCAGAUCUCCUUGCCCUACCCAGAGUCCUUCAGCAAGCAUCACUGACUGCUCAGAUACCACAGAUCAGGGGAAAAAAGCCUCCAAGAAACCUCCAAGAAAGUUAUCCAAAGAAUUGGAUCCUGUCGGGCAAAUUUUGAAAAUGCAAACUGAGCUUCUCAAGUCCCCUUCCCAAAAAGCUCCUGAACCAGUGGUGAGCUGGGAUAAUGCUAAUGCUGUGCCAGCCCAGCUGCCUCAGUCUCCAAAAACACUGGUGACCUCCAGCACAGAAGCUGUGCCAGCCCCAGCCUCCAAUGCCAUGGGCUCCUCUAGAAAUACCUGGACGUGGCUUUUUAAGGGGAUGCCAAAGACAAAGCUGCCAAGUGAACUUCAGCUGCUUGAAGAAGAGCCUUCAGAGUACCAAGCACCUGAGGAGGGCAAUGUUGUGUACAAGCUCUUCAGUCUGGAUGAUCUGCUGUUACUCGUGCGUUGCACUGUGCAGAAGGUCAAGUCACUGCCACAAUACCAGAAAAAGAAAAAAGCCCAAAAGCCAAUUCCCAUAUUCCUGUUGCCAAAACUAGGGUACCAAGCCUACUAUGGUGUGGAAGCUCUUACAGAAAGUGAAGUGUGCCAGCUGUGGACACAGAGUAUGCUGCAUUCCAAGUGCUUAUUUUAUAUUGGAUGCUGAAGGUAUGGCUUGCACAGGACUUUGCAGACAGCUCAUCCAGCCACCACCCCUUUUUAUGGAGGUUCUUGGGAAUGUAGGAGACAGCAGGCUGGGUACGUAGGAGACAGCAGGCUGGGUGUGCAGGUGGUGUUGCAGAUGAAGUGCCCUGGGCUGGCAGGCUGCGCUGGCCUGGCCUCCAGCACAUCUCUGUUCCCAUGCCUGGGAUACAGUAUCCUUGGGACUGAGAAGCACUGGUUAUUCCAGUCGUGUUUGUUUGUCAGCUCCUGGAUCCACUCUUUCCAGAAGCAGGCCCUGGGGCACACAGGAGCUCUCUUUUGUGGGCUCUGAGGAGGCACAGGAUUCUGUGGGUUGUCACUGUCCUGCACAGUAAAUGGGUACUCCCAGCCUCUGGGGCAGAUCCUUGCUAUUGCCAUGUAUUUCUUAUAGAGUAGGUAAAAAAAUAUGUAGAAGUAAAUAUCCAUUCAAUGAAAGAGAUCUACCACAGCUUUUAAUAGGAAGCUGCUAUCAUAUUCUACUUGGGGAGUCUUCUGCUCUUGGUAUAUUGCAAGGUAGCUGUGAAAUUCUGCCUUUCAGUUGGUAUUCCUAAGGGAGCUGUGAAAAAUGCAGUGUUGCACUCACAUUUACUCAGAGGGCUCUUUGCAACAGAGAGCUUUGUCCUGAAAAUCCAGAGACAGUUCUCUGAGGGUGAUGCUAUCCUGAUGUUAUGGGCAAUGUAUAAUGGGGUGAAUCUCUCAUUGCCUGUCACUAAUACCUGAUGGUAAGACUUCUGCAGUGAUCUGUUCAGGGUAAGGAGAAAGGCAGAGAGCUUCUGAAAUCAUGCUGUAAUUUGAAUUAUUUUAAGUGAAAUGCUGUGUUCUAUAGUAAAAGAAUUUUUAAAUCAAACACUCUGUAAAGCCAUAAAGUUACUGCUUUUUAAAUUUACCUCCCAAUAUGAGUGUGGAAGUAUGGAACAACAUGGUGUGAAAACUAUCAUCUUACUAACCCAGUACCUACAACUUGCACUCUUGAUCAGACAGUGAAGCCUUUAACUUUUAAAUUUUAAGCAUGUAGCAGACUUCAGUGUUAAAUUGCAUAGGUGUUUUUGCCUCUUGAAAAAGCUUAAUUUGCUGUCUCAACCAUCUCUUGUAUUGCCAAGUAAGUAUGAAUGAAAAGUUCUUUGGACCUUGGUCUAUGGCCCAUAAUUGUCCAGCAUUGUUGUGUGUGAGGGAGGAUCUCAGCUCUGCUGUGACUCAGGGCUUGAGACAGAAAUCAGAUGUGUAACCAGGGCCUCCUGCAGCAGCUGCAGGGGGGAAAUGAAGCUGAGGUGGUUUUUUUUUAGGAUGUUCUCAAAAAGCAGAGAUACUAUCAUCAAACAAAGCUGUCUUCUUGCUAGCAAAGCACCUGGCUUGGUUGUGAAGUCCUCUUGCUGCUCAAAUAGGAAAUCCUGUAUCUGCAAAGGCAGUAAUCUCUGUGACAAGCUUCCCAAAUAAGGCACUUGUACUUGUCUAAGCAGUAAAUAAACUAGUGAUAAGCUUUACUGAUUAAUAGGAGCAUUUUAUCCUGACUAUUACUCCCUUAUUUGCAUUAAGUGGCUAAGCAAAACUUCCUGCAAGAACAGUUUACCUUCACAUGAAUGGAAUAAUAUUGGCCUUUAAAUUAACAUCAUUUGAAGAAUGGGUUGGAAAAAAUACCUAGUCUAGGGUAACAUACUGCAUGUCAAGUAUUUUCAAUCAGUCACUUCUUGAAUACAAGAUACAGUUAUAUAAACUAGGUGGAAGUAGUUCAUAGAUAUUUUGUAAUUACUGGUUUUUUCCGAGUUAUGUUUCCCAGUGUGUUUAGAAGUACAGAAGUCUGAUUUAAGGAGAGGCUGGUGAGGAAUACAGAACUCAAACAGAAUUUUUUACAUUAUAUUUUUAAUAAUGACUUCAAGCCUCUUUUUGUAGUCCACAAUGUAAAAUACAACAUUUUGCUGCUUAGUCUUGCACAAAAUACUGAUAACAAGAAAAGUAACAAAUGUACAAUGUUUAAAAGAAAUCGGUUGUCCUGGUGCAUCUUUUUUAAUUUGUUGAAGUAGGAGUUAUUACUUAGUCUUCUUACACAACACAUAAACUUAGUGAUGGAUAGCUUGGAAUGUGAAAUGCUUUGAUUUAGCAGUUUUAACUGUGCAAUUGAAGCUUUUACACUUCCUAAGAGAGCAGAUUUAUAGUAAGACAGUAAAUUCUACUGAGCAGGCUGUAUUUUAUUAUGCUGCCUUUUCCUCAUCCUCCUGCUGGGAGCUGAAAUAGAAUAGAUUCCUGGGAAAACUUCAACAUGAGAAAGAACCAGAAGGCAAGGUACAGUAGUCAAAUCCAUGUCCAAGCUAUACUGGUGAUCCUUAUUGCUCAUCACAUGAAACAUGGGCUAAGCUGUCCUUGGCAGCCUUUAUUUUAAAAAUGUCACAAGGAGAGCUUUGAAUUGUUGCUUCUCAUGGUGUCAAACACAAAGUUGUUAAAUUAAGACAACUUGCCAUGAUCAAGGCCUGAGUUGUAAAUUGUAGUUCCUCAGGUGAGGAAGGGGUGAAGAAUCAAGACACAAAGGUCAGCAUGCCCAGAAAGUCAGCAAUAGGUCAGAAUAGAAAAGCAAGUAUAUUAAAUGCAAAAGUAAAUUUGUUGUUAAACAUCAGCUUUUGGGAUCUGUCCAGUGAGGAAGCAAAGUGAUAAGGGUCAAAUGAACUUGAGAAGAUACAGACUAACUGAUGAGAUGAAGGCCAUGGCAAGAUAAGGUUGUGUAUCCCACACACCACCCAAGAUGGGAGCUUUGCUGGAGUCAGGCAUCUCUUGCUUUGGAAAGGCAGUCAAGGUACAGAUGCCUGUGCUUAAAGCAGCUGCACAUUUUACUUUCUCUUAUGGUGCAGCAUUGAUAAAUACUUUUCACUGUUCAAUGCCAAAAGAGCAAAUAUUUUAUUCUUCUAAAGAGGUCAGCAAAUUAUGCUCUUACAUUUAUUUGGUUUUAUUUUUAGUGUAUUAAUUGAAUUUCUU